UUAAGACUGUUUAGUAUUCGUACCCGGCUCCCCUCCUUUGUUGCAGGAUAAAGAAAAGGUUUCGUGCUCCCACACUCGUUUCAGAUCCUGUGCCUGGCCGGCCUGCUAUGAUUUCAGACCCUUUUGUGACCACGGGCUCUCUGCCAGGGCAAGACCCCCUGACCGGACGGCCCGGCUCGGCUCUGGUCGUAAAGGAGCUGAAAUGCAUUGGGACCAUAAUCGUGCCCUUGCUGGAGAUAAAGCUGGGCAUGCCUGACGCAGCCGUGGACACCAGCACCGAGGUCACCACCAAGGACUUAAGAAAGAAAGAAGUGGUAAAGAAGGCGGAGGAUGGGAAGGACGAGGUAAACCUGGACAAGAGGCCCCAACCUGUAAAAAGUAAGCUUGACGAACAGGAGGAGCGGAGGAAAAGGCGCUUGGAACAGAACAAGGCGGUGUGGGCCCGGAGGAAGGAAUGCACGGAGACCCUGCAGCGGGAGUUUGAGCGGCUGGAGUUCAGAAACGCGGUACUAAAGAUACAGGUCAGGGAGCUGGAGCAGGAGCGGCAGCAGCUGAUUCUCGUACUGAACCGGCGCCGCCCCACCUGCAUUGUCCGCACCGACAGCGUCCCUGCCCCCUGGAUCUAAUAUUAAUGGCUGUGGUGCAAAUGGUAUAAUUCAUCCCCAUAAUUUUACUUAAAUUUUAAGAUUAAAAUUUGACCAAAAGAAAAGGGGGGAAUGUGAAAUUAAUAUAGGAUGGGGUUAAAUUGGAAUGUAAAAUUAAGAUAGAAAGGGUUAAAAUGGAGCUGCUGAGCUAACUGCAUAUUGUUUUGCUUCUGUAUAAAAUGCUUUGGCUUGCAAAAUGCAUUUUUUUAAAGAUAACUAGAUUUUAGCUGACCUUGUAAUAUGUGAUGAGUGUGCUAAUGCAUGUAUGAGAUAAUUGAGCAUGUGACAAUUAUUUUAGGAGUUAUGUUAAGUUUUUGGUCAUGAUGACCCCGUGUUUAUGCUUGCUCAAGGUUUUCUGUCCCCGUACCCUGGAAAAACCCUGAAUCUUAUGAGAAUUUGUCAUGCAUCUUAUGAGAAUUUGUCAUGCUGCGGUUUAUCUUGUGACUCUCUGUAAUGCU